AUGUCCUCUCGUUCCAGUUCAACCAUCAACAUCCCAGUGACCCGGCCCUUGGAUGAUGCCACGGCGGUAUACCGGCCGUUCAAAAGACAUAGAUCUGAGCUCAACUUUGGAUACCUGGAGCUUCUCAACGAAGAGAUCCGGGACGCUGCGCAGCGGAUCACUUUCGGCGACCAGGAACCCCUUCCGGCAGGUCAGAUAGGACUCACAGCCUGGUCCCCAGCAGAAAAGCAGAGUUUUUUCGAGGCCGUAGCACGUCUCGGAAAACAUGACUUGCCCGGCAUUGCCGCCAGAGUCGGCAGCAAAAGCGUUGCAGAGGUCAGCCAGUACCUGAUGCAUCUCCAGGAGGCCUGCGAUUCGAGGCGCCAGCAAGUGUCUCGCUCUAUUCUAGAGCUUGCAGAAUAUCCCGCUGCUGUCGAGAUUAGCCAGCAGUGCUGCCACGCCCAGGAAGAGGCUGCCGAUGAAAUCUCCCUCAAGCAAGAAGUGCGCGAGGAGAUGAGGGAACAGGGCCGGUGGGGAGACGUAUGGGACGUGACCCCAAAGGUUGCCAAGGAGCUGAGCAGAAAUGUUCAUCUUCAUAGCCAGGAUGCGAACCUGUCCAGCAAUGUGCCUCAGUUUGCUCAGCUCUUUCAUCUCUCAAAGUGGCUGGAGCUCUCGGCGCGCAUGUUUAUGAACUCUUCGAUUCCCGCCAACAACUGGAAUUCCAUCGAUGAGAAUCCCCCGUCCAUGUGGGCCACGACGUUCGAUGACUUUCACUCGUUGGCCGUGUCGGUCACCCGGAGGCUUGUUCAGACAACGCUGUUCAUGGCCAUGUCCAGGAUCAGAUCCAAGACCGCCAUCGGCUGGAAAAUCAGAGACAUGGUACUGCUACAGGAUGUCGAGGCAGCCAUCUCAUCCUUGAAUAUGGCUUCCAAGUCAAAGGAUGCCUGGAUUGGCAGUGCUCGUAGAUUACGCCUUGAUGUUUACGAAGAUCCCCCAGAAGGGGAGGAAGAACCUGAUGAGGACCGUAUGACCUAUGAGGAAGUGGAACGAGCCUUGUCCGAUGCGGGAGCAUCCGGAUCACAGCAGCAAGCGCAGCCUCCAACUCCCUCCUUGUUUACUCAGCUCAGCCACUCCGAGGAUGAAGAAGACAUGUUUUCAGAAGCUUCCGCCGACUCGAGCAGAUCAGUUUCCCCCACCGAUGAGGAGGAGCGAGAAGUCGACGUGGAAACAAGGGAAGUCUUGGAGUGCACUAUCGGGGACAUCCGGCCUGAUAAAGCUACGAGAAGAGCGCUGAGGGCGUGCAUAGCCACAGACCGACUGAAGGAGAGGCAAGCUGAGGAAGCCGAUCAGCAUGCCAGCUAUAAAGCAGAAGUCGAGAUGUGGAAUGUGCUGCAGAAGAAGCCGCCCAUGGACCUACCUAAGAAACAGGAUCCUGGUCCACCACGACGUUCGGCCCAGAGCAUGGAUAACUUCUUCCCCAGUGGACGAGAUUGGGCGCGGAAGCUGCUCUACUACAGCGAGUGGGAAACGCUGCCGCGGAGGAAGAGGCUGGAGAUGAAGGAGGAGAUGAAGCAGAGGAUAUGGAGGCAGAGGAAGAGGCAGAGGAAGAGGCAGAGGAAGAGGCAGAGGAAGAGGCAGAGGAAGAGGCAGAGGAAUAGGCAGAGGAGGAGGCGGAGGAGGAGGCGGAGGAGGACGUACAGCUGGACCAAGAUGGAGAUGAGGAUGAAAGUGAUGCAUGACGGAAAGCAUCUAAAGUAA